GAUUCAAUGCGAGGCUUUCGCGGGCGUCGGACGCUUUCGUCGGGAAAGCUUGUCUCGAAAAAGCUCGUGUUACACGCGUAAUCGUGACCACUCAAUUUUCGUGCUUAACUAAAUAUUCAACAAUGAGCAUUAUGCUCCUGCAUAAAUAAAUUAACUUAAUAAUUAAUUGUAGCAAUAUUAAGUGUUUAUUGUGACGGACAAUGAGAAAAGUUUUUGGGCGAUAAAGAAAACUCGAGAAAAGUCGCAGAGCUGUUAAUAUUAUAUUUACAGACAAAAUGUAAAGAUUAAUCAUGGAGGAGCCAUGCCUGAACUGCAGCUUCUUCGCAGCCUUCAACGACACACAGAACGAGGGGAACUACACUGGAAAUGUCACAUUUAUAAACAAGUUCUAUUUUUAUCAAUCGGCACAACUGGCGAUACUAUGGAUUCUGCUGGUGACAAUAGUGGCAGGCAACGCGACGGUAGUCCUUGCGUUGCUACUCACAAAGUCCAGAAAAAGCAGAAUGAACUUCUUUAUUAUGCAGCUUGCGAUUGCUGAUUUAUUGGUAGGAUUAAUCAGUGUUCUCCCAGACCUCAUACAACGAGUUACCAUAACGUGGCUGGCCGGAUCUAUAACAUGUAAAAUGAUGAAAUAUCUGCAGGGCGUGGUCACCUAUUCCUCCACAUACGUGCUGGUAGCGCUGAGCGUGGACCGAUGUGACGCAAUCACUCAUCCCAUGAACUUCACUGGAAGCUGGCGCCGCGCGAGAGCUCUCAUACUGUGCGCGUGGCUUCUCAGCUUCUUCUUCUGCAUACCGAUGUUACUGCUAUUCAACGAGGCUGAUAUAGAAGGCAUUCUCCAAUGUUGGUCGAGUAUUAGCAAGAUUCAGUGGCGGAUCUGGAUGACGAGCGUCUUCGUCUCGUUGUUCGUGGCGCCAGCUUUGAUCAUAUCAGCUUGCUACGGCGUCAUCGUGGUGACUAUACGACAGAAAAGUCACAGGGUGCUCGGCAGGCGAGCCACAACCACAAGACAGUAUAGCGACGAUUUGGACAGCAGGCGAGCGAGUAGCCGCGGCAUCAUCCCGAAGGCGAAAAUCAAAACUGUCAAAAUGACAUUUGUCAUAGUCUUCGUAUUCGUCCUCUGCUGGUCUCCCUACAUGAUCUUCGAUCUACUUCAAGUAUAUGGCUACGUUCCGGACACACAAGUGAACGUGGCCAUAGCGUCUCUCAUACAAAGUCUCGCCCCGCUCAACUCGGCAGCGAAUCCGGUCAUCUACUUUAUAUUCUCGAACCGGAUCUUCGUGAGUCUCAAGAACAUCCCUCCAUACAAGUGGCUGACUUGUCUGAUGAAGGGUAAUGAUAGUCCGGCUGGCAAUGAAUCCAGGGCCCAUACGGAGCUCCUCACGUCCUCACAUCGAAGAACCAGGCGCGAUCUUACCAUAAGGGUGAAAGACGACAGCGUCAAGUUUCCGAAGCCGAGGGUUCAGCACAGAAGCAGCACUAACUCCCGCAAGGUUCGCCUCCACCUACCCGAUGGGCAGCACCAGGUGAACAACAACUGUCAUACAGUCCGAAGAAGAGAUGAUACUUUUCUUUAAACUUCCAGAUGGUGUAACUUACAACGGAAAAAGUAUUGUUAAUUUUUGCAACGAAGUUCCUUAUGGAACAAUGCGGAGGGAUACCCUAACCGGGAAAAAACGUCCGUAACGUAAGAUUUUUAUUAGUAAUGCACACAGUG